ACAUUUCCUGGUGUGGGAAUCAAGCGCCUCUGAAAAUCAACAACAGCCUGAAAUCGCGCUCCGUCCCCGGGCUCUCCUGCAGCGGCCAUGCAGACCCGCGCUCAGCAGCAGCAGCAGAAGCAGCGGACCGCGGCGGGGUGUACUGAGAGCUGUGUGCGCUGAGCGGCAGAGGAGCGGAGGGGUGUCGGGCUGCAGCUCGGUGGUCUGGCAGCAGGAGGCGGAGGAGAGGAAGAGGGGCGACGCUCCGUUAAUGAAACUCCGCUGCGAAUCGCGAGCAGGGGAAUCUAAUAGGCAGAGGAAUAAAGCCUAAAAAUCCAAGUGCUGGAUCGCCGUCCACCAUGUUAAGAUAGAAACACGAAACUGUGUACUAAAGAUGCUAAAGCGACUGGACAAGAUAAGGUUCCGAGGACAGAAGCGAGACGAGUUCUUGGAUCUGGCUGAGUCGCCCAACGCGUCGGACAGCGAAUGUAAUGAUGACCUCUUGAUAAAACCUCGAGUGUCCAUCAAAGAUGCAGAGGAGCUCCGAGAUCCUGCUGGUCCAGGGUCUCUCACCAUGGCUGCUGCCAUCCAGGACUACCAGAGGACGGAGGCAGACAGGCUCAAUGAAGUCAAAGGUCACCUCGAGAUUGCCUUAUUGGAGAAGCACUUCCUUCAGGAGGAGCUGAGGAAACUUCGAGAGGAGACGAACGUCGAGACGCUGAAGCAGGAGCUGGACAAGGAGCGUUCGAAAAGAGUGGACCUCGAACAGAAGAUGAACGAAAUUCUCAAAACCAGGCUUGAGGACUCUCCGCCACCACCUUCGAAACCUCAUGGUCCUACUGUCAAUGGAACAGGAGAAAAACAGAAGGAUUCGAUGAGGUCUAAGCUGUGGAAGUGGCUUUACGAGCGUUUCGGUGUGUAUAUAGAGGACUUCCGCUUCCAGCCUGAGGAGAACACAAUAGAGACAGAGGAGCCACUCAGUGCUAAAAGAUUAACUGAAAACAUGAGACGACUCAAGCGAGGUGCUAAACCUGUCACCAACUUCAUGAGGAACCUUUCUGCCUUAUCUAGCUGGCACUCUGUCUACACAUCAGCCAUUGCCUUCAUUAUCUAUAUGAAUGCUGUGUGGCAUGGCUGGGCCAUUCCCAUGUUUCUAUUUUUAGCCAUUCUACGCUUGUCCUUAAAUUACCUCAUAGCAAAAGGCUGGAGGAUACAGUGGAGCAUUGUGCCCGAGGUGUCUGAGCCCAUGGAGCCUCCAAAAGAAGACCUGACUGUUUCAGAGAAGUUCCAGUUAGUGUUAGAUGUAGCUCAGAAAGCACAGAACCUGUUUGGAAAGAUGUCGGAUGUUCUGGAGAAAAUAAAAAAUCUGUUCAUGUGGGUUCAGCCAGAGAUCACUCAGAAACUGUAUAUUGGCCUGUGGAUGGCGUUUAUUGCUUCCUGCUUACUGCCAUAUAAACUUCUGGGUUUUUUAAUCGGACUCUAUGCUGGAAUCAAGUUCUUUAUCAUUGACUUCAUCUUCAAGAGCUGCCCCAAACUUAGGGACAAAUACGACACCCCCUACAUCAUAUGGAACAGCCUGCCAACCGAUCCACAGCUCAAAGAGCGCAACAGCGCCACCCUCAACAGACGGCUGUCUGGGUAUGAAAAGCAGAUUCAGCCUAUGGUAGCACGUGGUAGCCUGGCAGCUGGAAUGCCAAGUGGCAUCGGUCGUGAAGAGGAGAGUGGGCGUGCCUACAGCACCAAGCGAGGCCCUUUCCAUGAAGUCUUCAACCUGUCUGAGAAUGAGCGCCCCCUACCAGUGUGUGAGAAUGGGUGGAGAUGCUGCUUAAUCAACCGAGACAGGAAAAUUCCCACUGAUUACAUACGUAAUGGUGUCCUCUAUGUGACAGAAAAUUACUUAUGUUUUGAAAGCUCCAGCUCCCGGUCCACCUCUUCUAAGAAAAACAAAGUCAUCAAACUUCAAGACAUUACAGAUAUUCAAAAGUAUAAAGUUCUGUCAGUAUUACCUGGAUCUGGGAUGGGAAUCUCAAUAGCCACGCCUUCCACACAAAAGCCUCUAGUGUUUGGUGCCAUGAUUCACCGAGAUGAGGCCUUUGACACCAUCUUCACCCAGUACACCAAGAUCAUCGGCGCCACUCCCUUAGUCACAGUCACCAACCCAGAAACAUAGAAACGUGGAGCACACAACUGCCCAGUGGCACGCUGAAAACGGAGACGUCCGUUCAGAAGCAGCUCCUUCCGCUUCCUCUCUUCCAGCAGAGGACGUGCCAGGACAUCCAGAACAAAACGGAAUCCAUCUCCCAUAUCCUCUCUGUGCUGCGUUUUUAGAAAGGUGUUUUAAAGACAAGACACUUUUGACCUGUACACUGGCGUUUACUGUGACUUGCGUAGCAAUCUGCUGACUAACACUCAAAUGCCAUUAUGGAACAGGAGCUGGUUCUCCUCACCUAUUAUGAGAAGAUUCUUGUCUGGUGUACGUGUGUGUGUAAGUGUGUAGGUUUCUAGAUUUGUGUCUCUUUACUCAGUCUUGUCACAUAGCUUUUAACCCAGCCUUUUCUUGUUUUCUUGUUCCUCCUGUCUUUUUAAUGUCUCGUAUCACGUCUAGCCUUGCAAAAGGAGACACACUGCAGCUUGUGGUGGAAAUCCUUUUAGUAGUGAGAAAUAAGACGCCUGUGGAACACCAUAGCUUAAAAUGUCUCUCACAGAGCAUAGCUGCUUCAGUAGCUGCAUCACCAUUUUUUUAAUCCCAUGCCAAGUAAUACCAAGGUUAAUACAAGUACCAGUAACAAUACAUAUACAUUUAGCAUAAGACUUUUGAACUUAGACAGGACAAGAACAUUUCAUGUUAAUGUGGGCAUCAGAUUUACUUCUAUUACUAUUAACUGCUUCAGGACUUUCUGUCACCACUUUGGUUAUAAGUGCGAAUGUGUGAAGCUCCGAGAGACAGCGGAAGAAAAAGUGGUUCCUGACCUACACAAUUACUUGCUUAAAUCUUUGUCAGAAAUGAUUAGCUUCUGAAGAACAUUCCAUUUUAAAGAAAAUAAUGAUUGUAUUUAAUGAUAAAAGAAACAAUCUGAAUAUUGAUUUAAAACAUUUCAUUCUCAGAAGAAAAAACAGGAUUAUAAAUAGUGAUGCUAAGGGGUCAACUGAAAUGUUUGAGUUCUCUCUACACUUCAGAUAUGGGCAGAAAUGUAAAACAACAGCCUUUUAUACUCUCUUUAUAACCUCUUAAAUAAUGCUUUAUUUGAAUGUGUUUAACACUUUCACCUUAAUCAUAGUGCACUCUCUGGGCCUUCUGUAGAAUUAGGUUUAAAAUUGCCUUUCUCAGUUAACAGUGUUCACUCUGAAGUCACAUGUUCUUGCAAAGUACAAGUGACUUCAUACAAUAAGCACAACAGCACCACAAGGUCUUAUCCAUCACCUGAAUGUUCAUAAGUCUGGAAAUCAUGAAGGGUUGAGAGUUGAGGAGAUUUACUAGUGUGUAUAUAAUUGCGCAUGUCAUUUAUUCGAACCAUUUCACGUCUUUCAGUAAUACAUAAGAGUUCAAUGUUUCUGGCAUAGGUACGCUUUAAUAGCAGCUUGGAGCAACUAUGCUUUCAACAAUCCGUGUAAAAGGUUUGAUAAAUUUGAUAACUCAAGUAUCCAAGCUUACAUAAGUGCUAUAAAAGUUGUCAAUCAGUACUAUAAAUUACGUAUGAUUGCUUACAGGACCUCGGAACUCGUGAUGGGUUAUUGUAUUCUUUGCUUUAAUAUUAUUAUUUUUUUAUUACAUAUUAUUUGAAGACUAAUGAAACCACAGCAUGGUUGUUAAAGAUAGGAGACCAUGCUGAACCACUGGGAGUCCUAUUAAUUUUUAUGGGCCUCAAAUUUCUUGCCACAAACAAAUAAUAUAAAAAAACAGGUCUUUGAUUGGGAUGCUGGAGAGAUUUGUUUAAGAUGCCAAGAAAAAAAAUCUCUGUUCCUGUGUUCACCUGUAGGUGAUGUAGUUUACUGAAAUCUGUGUACCUGAAUUAGUCACAUGAUGCUGUAGUAAUCUGCACUUUAUAUGAUGAGAGUAGCAUUUCUUGUGUAUUUAAGUGCCCUGUUGCUACAGUUUUGGCACAUUUAAUCAAAUUAUUAUUCUCAGUGUCUCACUCCCUGUCUGUCAUUUUAAUAAUGUCAUUUAAGCUCUUUUUGGUUAAACCACUGAUUAAGCCCUCUUACCGGUGUGGAUUAUUCUGUGCUAAAAGAAAACAAAGUGGUUUACUAUAUGAUGGUGGAGAAUCGAGCUGUUAGUAAUUGAUGUAUUUCACAAUCAGUCACCUCACAAUCAUGACAUGUGGGUGGAAUCCAGUCAGCACAUUAGAGAAGAAGCACAGAAUGAUGACGUUAUUGUUUUUUGCCAAAUAUGUCCGUAUUACUGUUUGCCUUGUCCUUAAACUACUUUAUGUUUACAGAGGUUUGAGUCCAGCUUUGCUUGUCUUAGGCUAGUUUGAUCCCCAGAGUAAUCUAGGGGCAUGAAAAUGAGCCCGUUGUCUUUUUGUAAUGGUUGUUAAUAGACCUGUGAAAGGGUACAAAACUAAUCAUAGCUGUGCAGAAAUGAAGGGGGUUUGGUUGUACUUUUAUUUUGCAGUGUUUCCUCUGGGCCUUUAACCUCUUUCUGGCAGACCCAGAAUUUCAGUAGUGGUCACUUCAGAUGAUGCACAUAUAAAUGAGCAGCUAUAGGUGAGCUCUACGUUGUUGGGCAAAAUGUAAGUGUUAUUCUGUUUAAUUUGAUUGUCUAUAGCAUACAGACCUGUGUAAGUGUGGCUAGCCAAAGACUAACCCUGGAUUAAAAUCACUUUUUAGUGGAGCCAGCGUUAAGAAUAACCUGUAGAAGAAAAUGAACAUGUCAAAUUCUUAUUAACUGCAUUUGAUCAUUUUUGGGUUACUGAUUUAUAUUUUUUUUAAUUAGGUGUAUAUGUCUUAAACUUACCUUGUGAUGUUUUUAAUUUGGUUGGACGUAAAAAUCUCAGAGAUGCUCAAAAUCAGUAACCUGUAGAGAUGCCCUGUGAUAUCUAUGAAGAAAUGAUCACACACACAAACACAAAGGUUUUCAUGUUAAACAAGCCUCUGAACAGUUUAUAAAGAAUUUGUCUAAUGUAUACGUGUUGUACUUUUUUGUAUUUAAGUAAAACAAUUUAUUAACAAUCCA